GGCGGAGAGUUGAGCGCGACGGUGAGCUAACGUAGUAACAUACUAAGAGAGUUCGACGCGACCGCGUCCGCGUGGAUAAAUUGCCUGUGUGCAAUCUCUGCGUGUCACAGUCUACGAAUCGCGCGCAUAACUACCGCUGCGCUGCGCGCUGUCAGCUGUUCGCAAGCUCGAGCCAUCCCUACGCCUGACCCUUUGGCGCCCAGUCUCCACAGUUGCCGCCGCGGCUGCGCGACCGCGAACGUAACCACUCGUAGCGACCGCGCUCGACCACACGAUGAACGACAACGCCAAGAUCGGCACGGCCCUGCUGGGCCUGGGCUGUCUGUUUAUCGUCCUCGGCGUCGUCUUCUUCUUCGACAGGAUGUUUUUGAGUUUAGGAAAUGUCAUGUUUUUGGGCGGACUAUUGUUGACGAUGGGCGUGUCCCGUAGUCAACGCUUCUUCGUGAAGAAGGCCAAGGAUUCGGGUUUCCGGGGCGUCGGCUGCUUCUUCGGAGGUGUUAUUCUAGUGGUCUUCUUCAAGCGGCCGCUGCUGGGCAUGUGCUUGGAGGGCUUUGGGUUCGUGAAUUUAUUUGCGAACUUCUUUCCGAUCGCGCUGAGCGCGAUGCGGUCGAUGCCAGUAUUGGGGGACGUGCUCGCGAUGCCCGGUGUUUCUGCCAUUGCGGACAAAUUAGCAGGGGUCGAGCCGCGGCGGGCGCAGAGGUCUUGGGCCUAAG